UUUCCCCGGGUCCCCUGCCCGCCCCGUCCAAGUCAGGCGCCAUGAACGACCAGUACCACCGGGCGGCUCGGGACGGCUACCUGGAACUCCUCAAGGAGGCCACCAGGAAGGAGCUGAACGCCCCCGACGAGGAUGGCAUGACCCCCACCCUCUGGGCUGCUUACCACGGCAACCUGGAGUCACUGCGCCUCAUCGUGAGUCGAGGGGGUGACCCGGACAAGUGUGACAUCUGGGGCAACACGCCCCUGCACCUGGCAGCUUCCAAUGGCCACCUGCACUGCCUCUCCUUCCUGGUGUCCUUCGGGGCCAACAUCUGGUGCCUGGAUAACGACCUCCACACGCCGCUGGACAUGGCGGCCAUGAAGGGCCACCUGGAGUGCGUGCGCUACCUGGACUCCAUCGCGGCCAAGCAGAGCAGCCUCAACCCCAAGCUGGUGGGCAAGCUGAAGGACAAGGCCUUCCGCGAGGCGGAGCGGCGCAUCCGCGAGUGCGCCAAGAUGCAGCGCAAGCACCACGAGCGCAUGGAACGGCGCUACCGGCGCGAGCUGGCCGAGCGCUCGGACGCGCUCAGCUUCUCCAGCCUCACGUCCAGCACCCUGAGCCGCCGGCUGCAGCAUCUGGCGCUCGGCAGCCACCUGCCCUACUCGCAGGCCACGCUGCACGGCACCGCCAAGGGCAAGACCAAGAUCCAGAAGAAGCUGGAGCGGCGCAAGCAGGGCGGCGAAGGCACCUUCAAGAUCUCCGAGGACGGCCGCAAGAGCGUGCGCUCGCUCUCGGGCCUGCAGCUGGGCAGUGACGUGAUGUUUGUGCGCCAGGGCACCUACGCCAACCCCAAGGAGUGGGGCCGCGCCCCGCUCCGGGACAUGUUCCUCUCCGACGAGGACAGCGUCUCCCGUGCCACACUGGCGGCCGAGCCUGCGCGCUCGGAGGCCAGCACCGACUCAGGCCACGACUCCCUGUUCACCCGCCCGGGCCUGGGCACCAUGGUGUUCCGCAGGAACUACCUGAGCAGCGGACUGCACGGCCUGGGCCGCGAGGACGCGGCCCUGGACGGCGCGGGCACGCCGCGGGGUCGGCUUCAGAGCUCCCCCAGCCUCGACGACGACAGCCUGGGCAGUGCCAACAGCCUGCAGGACCGCAGCUGCGGGGAGGAGCUGCCCUGGGACGAGCUGGACUUGGGCCUGGAUGAGGACCUGGAGCCCGAGACGAGCCCGCUGGAGACGUUCCUGGCCUCCCUGCACAUGGAGGACUUCACCUCCAUCCUGCGGCAGGAGAAGAUCGACCUCGAGGCGCUCAUGCUGUGCUCGGACCUCGACCUCCGCAGCAUCAGCGUCCCCCUGGGACCCCGCAAGAAGAUCAUGGGGGCCGUGCGGAGGCGGAGGCAGGCGCUGGAGCGCCCGCCGGCCCUGGAGGACACAGAGUUAUAACAGGGGCUCCUAUCCCCAUACCAAAAAGAGUUGCAAGUUGCCACAACCCACGGUGGGACCGCGAGGUCCUCACAGUUGCCAGCCCUGCGGCUCCCCAGCCGCUUCCCGGGAGCAAGGACCAUGCGGGACAUCUCCCUUGAAAGCCUGUCCCCACUCUGCCGCAGAGGGUAUGGCCUGGAGGCACUUGGAAGGCCAAGAGAGUGACUCAGAACAUCAAUACUGAGGGGUCCUGGGGCCCCUAAGCCACCUCUCUCUGAGUGGCUCUAAAGCACGUGUGCAUUCGUGGAAGGCCAGCCCCAGUGCCAGGGCAGGGGCCACUAGAUGACCAGCCCAUCAGAGCUGGAUGGGAGCGUGUGGUGCGAGUGGGCAUGGCUUGUCCUGGGGCCGCUGUCUGUCCCCACCCCUCCUCUAAGGGUCCUGUGGUCUGCUCAGUCUGGAGACUCCCCUCCUACAUUUUUGUGCAGGAAGAGUUUGGGCUGCCUCCCCUCCCCCUGUGCACCCCAGAGGGGAGGUUCCCAGCUAGACUCUUCAGCCAAAUGCCCCAGCUUUAGUCCCCACCCCGCCCCAAGCACGGCCGGGCCCCUUCUCCUUCUCCCACUGGCCAUGCUGGGGAGGUGGAGUGCCAGGCUGGGCUGGGGUGGGGGUGACCGGUGCCCUUCCAGCCUACCCCGGGGUGGGGCCCAGCCUGACUCCGCCCUCCCCGCCCUGUCCUUCUCCACUCACUCUCUCCUUGGUUGUGCAGCCCGGUGCCCCCAACCCCAGGGACCCCAGAGGGUCAGGGCAAUAGAUCCAAGGUGCUAGAGCGACUGGCUACAGUAUUAUGGCCUCGAGGCUCGGCGGGCAUCUCUGGGCUGGGGAAAGGCAUCUGCCAACUGGCUCAGAGUCUCCCAGGCCCAAACCAGGCAGAGACUGGUUGUGGCUGGGUGUCCAGCCUCGUGUGGGCAAGUCCUGCCAUGUGGACACGGGAGCCUGAGGAUGUGGAUAGUCUAAACUGCUGAUUGCCCCCAGGUCCCCAGGGCUCUGGGCAAGGUCUGGAAGCAGCUGGGUGGCUGCCUGAUUCUGUGUGGGUAGCGGGUAGGGGGGAGUUCUGCACGGGUCCCUGCUCUGUGAUGCUGGUGAGACCAGGGGAAAGGCCAGCCUCAGAGGGUCCUCAGACCAAGGUCACGGAUGUGGGAGGGUCACUCAGGAGCCCACACGGUGUGCACAUAUACACCGCAUGCAGAUGUGCCCUUCCUCCUCUGUCAACAAUGGUGCCCCCGUCCCUGACCUUCAGCUUGGGAAGCAGCUCCUACCGGGAGCAUUGCCACAGCCCCCAGCUCCUUCCUGGGCCCCCCUUGGCUGGUGCAGGGGAGAGAGAACCCCCCCCAAACGCCACAGGCCUCCCUCUGGUGUGUCUGAGCGUGAGUCCCUGGGCACACACCUGCUCAGAGCUGGGGGCGUGAUGGAGGUGGUCCCUGUCCCCACACUGAAGGCUUGGUCGCCUGCCACUGCCACCCUGAGCCCACCGCAGUCCUUCCCCCCGUCCUCUGGGCCUGGGGCCACCCCCAAGUGCCGACUUGACUUUCCCGGAGCCCCAGGUGCUGCCUUUUCUCUCCUGUUCCCUGUCCGUAUACGGCCUCAGCCCCCUCCCUGUUCUCUCAGUGCUGGGGUGGGGCGGGCUCCCCGAUUCCCACCACUGUACAAAGUACCCCUCCCUCAGGCUCAUUAUAAUUUUUGUAGAGAACGUUCUC